AUGUUUAAAAUUUUUGAUAAGAAUAAGACCUUUAAACCAAAGAAAGGUUUCAGCAAGGGUACAAAGAGACACGAUUUACACAGACAUGCCAAAGCUACACUCGGUAGUGGUAAUCUAAGACUUGCAGUCUCACUGCCAGAGAGAGAAGAUCUUAAUGAAUGGUUAGCUGUCAACACUGUCGAUUUCUUUAAUCAAAUUAAUUUAUUAUAUGGAAGUAUUACAGAGUUUUGUACACCAAAGACAUGCGAGGUGAUGUCUGCUGGUCCCAAAUACGAAUAUCUCUGGGCAGAUGGUGACACCGUAAAGAAGCCAAUCAAGGUUUCCGCACCAGAGUAUGUCGAGUAUCUGAUGACCUGGGUACAGAAUAUACUUGACGAUGAGAAUACAUUCCCAUCUAGAGUUGAUGUACAAUUCCCAAAGAACUUCCAAACAAUUGUUAAAAACAUUUUUAAGAGAUUGUUUAGAGUUUAUGGUCAUAUCUACUAUUCACAUUUCCCAAAGAUUGUGUCACUUGGAGAAGAAGCACAUCUCAACACUUGCUUCAAACACUUUUACUUUUUCAUUGUUGAAUUUAACCUGGUAGACAAGAAGGAGAUGCUACCACUUCAAGAUCUCAUCGAUAAUCUCACCAAAAGCAAUAGUUAA